GUGCCUAUACACACACACACACAUAUCUUCUCCGUCUCCUUCCCUGGUAUAUUCAAACCAGAAGAAGAAGAAGAAGAAGAAGAAGAAAUGGGGGUUUUACAGUGGUUGCUGACUUGUAUUUCUUCGGCUUCAGCAGCCAUGACGGUGGUGGCAAUGGUGGUGGGAGUGGUGCGCUAUUUGUACGGGCCAUAUUGGGGAGUGAGGAAGGUUCCUGGCCCACCAGCCGUUCCACUCCUGGGACAUCUUCCAUUGCUGGCCAAGUAUGGUCCUGAUCUCUUCUCUCUACUCGCCAAGCAGUAUGGCCCAAUCUACAGAUUUCAUAUGGGAAGACAACCACUGAUAAUUAUAGCAGACCCAGAGCUGUGUAGAGAGGCCGGCAUCAAAAAAUUCAAGGAUAUUCGAAACAGAAGCAUUCCUUCUCCUAUCUCGGCUUCCCCUCUUCACCAAAAGGGUCUCUUUUUCACCAAGGAUUCGAGAUGGACGAUCAUGAGAAACACGAUACUGUCAGUGUACCAGCCAUCACACUUGGCCAACUUAGUGCCCAUGAUGCAAUCGUAUAUAGAAUCUGCAACUCAGAAUCUUGAUUCCAGCAAAGAAGACAUGAGCUUCUCUAAUCUCUCCCUCCGGUUGGCUUCUGAUGUAAUUGGGGAGGCGGCUUUUGGUGUCAACUUUGGACUAUCAAAGCCUCAUUUAGUGUGUGAUUCAAUGAAGAGUGUUAGCGUUACAAGUGAUUGUGAUGGGGUGUCAGAUUUCAUCAACAAACACAUAUACUCCACCACGCAGCUCAAGAUGGACUUGUCCGGUUCCUUCUCCAUCAUACUUGGUCUUCUCGUCCCCGCCCUCCAAGAGCCAUGCAGGCAGAUUUUGAAGAGAAUUCCAGGAACUAUGGAUUGGAAGAUCGAUCGUACCAACAAGACUUUGAGCGGCCGCCUUGAUGAGAUCGUGGAGAAGAGAAUUAACAACAGGGACCCGAGUUCUAAGGAUUUCUUGUCGCUCAUAUUGAAUGCCAGAGAAUCAAAAUCAGUACCAGACAAUAUUUUUACCCCAGAUUAUGUCAGUGCUGUCACAUACGAGCACCUUCUUGCUGGCUCGGCGACCACAUCUUUUACUCUGUCUUCCAUUGUGUACUUGGUUGCUGAACAUCCGGAAGUAGAGAAAAAUUUGCUGGCAGAGAUCGAUGCAUUUGGCCCGCCUCAUAAAAAACCCACUGCUAAUGAUCUCCAUGACAAAUUUCCUUAUCUUGAUCAGGUGGUUAAAGAGGCAAUGAGGUACUACACUGUCUCCCCGCUUGUUGCAAGAGAGACAACAAAUAAAGUAGAAAUAGGAGGUUACCUUCUCCCUAAGGGGACAUGGGUGUGGUUAGCACUAGGAGUUCUAGCUAAAGAUCCAAGAAACUUUCCGGAGCCAGAAAAGUUUAAACCUGAGAGGUUUGACCCAAAAUGUGAAGAAUCCAAACGAAGGCAUCCUUAUGCAUUCAUACCAUUUGGAAUUGGUCCUCGGGCCUGCAUUGGCCAGAAAUUUUCCAUACAAGAGAUCAAGCUUACCCUCAUUCAUUUAUACCGCAACUAUGUCUUUCGUCACUCUCCAGACAUGGAAAAACCCGUACAACUUGACUAUGGCAUCGUUCUUAACUUCAAGAAUGGUGUGAAGCUCAGGGCCGUUAAGAGAACACAGUGACGCCGCAUACUAUAUUGCCUAAAAUUUCUAUAUAGUGUAAUACACCAAUAUAGCUAGCCGAUGGUGAAUUGUAUCAUUAAAUAUUAGUCAGGUGAGUCAGGCGCCGUUGCUCCCAAAGUAAAUAAUUAUCUUUCUAGCGUCUUCGGAUGCAAAUUCUUAAAAAAAUGCUAUAAAAUAUUAUCUUCAAGCACUUCUUGUUAUUCGGA